CUCUCACCUUGCAGGUGCAGUGCCGGAAGAGCUACCGUGUCGUCUCCUUCCUCUAUUUUAACGCCCAACACCGCCCAUCCUUCAGUCUUCACCGCCCGAGGAAACCAAUAGCAUUCUCCUCUUCGUCUCUCUCGAGAAGCACACACGCACACGCAUCGUUCGAGGUUCUGACCAUGGACAUGGACGCCGCGCAUGGCCACUACCCGUGGCUCAACUUCUCCCUCUCCAACCACUGUGAGAUGGAGGAUGAGGAGCGGGGAGCGGCCGCCGAGCUGGCCGCCAUCGCGGGGGCCGCGCCGCCGCCCAAGCUCGAGGACUUCCUCGGAGGCGGCAACGGGGGAAAUAAUGGCGGCGGCGACCAGGUUGUCUCUGGAGCGACGACCACCGAAGCAGCAGAGAUGUACGACUCGGAGCUCAAGUUCUUGGCCGCCGGAUUCCUCAGCGGCAGCGGCGCAGGAACAACGGCGCCCACCGGGCCGCCCAAGGUCACUCAGGAGGAAGCUGAAGCGAAGCAGCUGAGUCUACCAUCCGUCGCGCCCCCGGCACCAGCAGAGCAGAAGAAGGCCGUCGAGUCCUUCGGCCAGAGGACCUCCAUCUACCGCGGCGUCACGCGGCACCGUUGGACUGGUAGAUACGAGGCGCAUCUGUGGGACAACAGCUGCCGGCGUGAGGGCCAGAGCCGCAAGGGCCGCCAAGUGUACUUGGGUGGCUAUGAUAAAGAGGAGAAGGCAGCUAGGGCUUACGAUCUAGCCGCGUUGAAGUACUGGGGUGCCACCACCACCACCAACUUCCCGGUUGCGGACUAUGAAAAAGAGCUCGAGGAGAUGAAGCACAUGACACGCCAGGAGUUUGUAGCUUCACUUAGGAGGAAGAGUAGCGGAUUCUCCCGUGGCGCUUCGAUAUACAGGGGUGUCACAAGACAUCACCAGCAUGGUCGAUGGCAAGCAAGGAUUGGAAGGGUGGCUGGCAACAAGGACCUCUACCUCGGAACAUUCAGCACGGAGGAGGAAGCCGCAGAAGCCUAUGACAUUGCGGCCAUCAAGUUCCGGGGCCUGAACGCAGUGACCAACUUCGAGAUCGGGAGGUACAACGUGGAGAGCAUCAUCAGCAGCAACCUCCCGAUCGGCAACAUGUCCGGUGGCACAGGCCGGGGCAGCAAAGCCCUGGAGUCCUCCAGCUCCCCCGAUGCCGUCGAAGCCGCGGCACCGCCCUCGCUAACGUUCACUGCGCUCCCCAUGAAGUACGACCCGCAGCAGCAGCAGCAGGACUACCUGUCGUUCCUGGCCCUGCAGCACCAUCAGCAGGGCAACCUGCAGGGGCUCGGCUACGGCCUGUACAGCUCCGGCGUCAACCUCGACUUCGCGAACGCGAAUGGCGGUGGCACUAUGGCGCCCCAUUGCUAUGGCAAUUCCGGUAGCUUCCAUGAUCAACAACAUCAGCACCAGCACGAGGAGCAAGAUCAGCAGGAUCAUCAGUCCCAGAGCUUGUCCAUGCCGUUCGCCACACCAAUGGCGCAUUUCGUCGGCGGGUCCUACGAAAGCUCCGUGACGCCAGGCUCCUUUGGAUACUACCCAAAUGUGGCAGCCUUUCAGACGCCGAUCUUUGGAAUGGAAUGAUUCGGGGGCGGUGGCCAUUCUCUGCGGCAUGCAAAAGAGAAUGAAGGUGGCCUGAUCCUGAUCGAUGAGAUGAAGACUGACGUAGUUUCAGAGUCACACAACAAAGACGUAAAGAGAAGGUAGGUUAUGAUAUGAUCCAAACGUAGGAAGCAGCGUGCAUGCAUGAGACACUGACAGGCCAGAUCGAGAGACAGAUGGCAAGAUCAAUGUGCUAACAAAUGCAGCAAGCAGGGGUAGCUAGAAUUUAUAUUUUCUGAACCUUUUCCCUUUUGUAGCUUUGGUUAUGCUUUUGUCAUCGCUGAGCUUUAGUUGCUUGCUCGCUCCUCGGCUUCUUUUCUAGGCUUUGUCUUUCUGGUGACUGACAUGCCAUCAUAGCUUAGCCAGCCGGCCCAGCCCUGUAGAAUGGAAGCAGAGCAGGAGCCUCUUUGUAGCUUUUGCUCUUUUCUCUCUUUUUUCCCCGUUUUGUUCUUAGCUCGAUCGCUUUAAAUUAGUGCCCCCUGUAUUCCUGGACCAGUGUUGCUCCAGAGUCAGAGUGGAUAUAUAAAUUCUCAGGUUCAUGUUUA